CCCCACCACAAAGUAACGGACCCUGGAACCAUGUCGCUCCAAGUUGACGACCACCGGUCGCGUACCCGCUCUAAAUCACCCGGUCGCCGAGAACGCUCCAGAUCUCGCGAUACCCGCACGUCGGAUCUGAACUUGUCCGUUGAUACGUCACGGCCACGCUCGCGCUCUCCCGCAGUCGAAAUUGCGAAACCGUCCGGUUCAAGUCGCAAUUAUGAUCUUGACGAGGCGGAGAUCGACCGCCAGUAUAGGUUGAUGAAGGAGAGUCGGCUCCGCGGAGAGGAGCGAGACUCGAGGAAUGCGCCUAGAAGUCCUGCUAGAAGUCCCGUUCGGCGCGAUGAUUCGGAUGAUAGCGCUAGACGUCGGGAGCGGCGAAGACGGGAGGAGCGCGAGCGCGAUCGCUAUGAGCAUUCGGGUGAUGAGCGCGAUAUGAGGACUAUGCAGCCGCGCGAGCAUGUGAGUCGGACAUCAAUUCCAUCUCCUUUGCCGAGUGGUCGCAAUGGAGGGCGGAGCCAUCGGCGAGACGAGAGCUCUGAUGAUGACUCGGUUGAUGAUGAUCUUGCGUAUGGUGAUACGCCCGGUAGUCAUCCUAGUUAUGCGCGACCGGGUAAAUUCCAAUAUGCGCAGCAGACGGGGACGUUCUCUGCGCCCCCGUUGCCUCAGCGUCCCAGUACCAGGACGGACUGGGCUGAUGUGCCUGAGUGUGAGCGUCCAGGCUUUGUGCCGCCUACAUCGCAGGCUGGAGGGAUGCCCGGUGCUUUUCCUUCGUCUUCGACGUAUGGGAAUGUGCCUUCGACGAUGGCACCGAGUUUUCCCACGCCGCAGUAUUCGAACCCUUCCUCGCAGCCGCAAGCUCCCUAUUCGACUGGAGCCUAUACGCCUUCGCACUAUCGCACGGCUUCUGCGAGUGAUGCUGGUCAUCCUCAGGGAUAUGCCCAUCCGACGCCUUACCAGUAUGCGCAGGUUGAUCCGAACGUGAAGUAUACUUCAAAAGCGGCGCCGAAGCCGACAUAUACCGUUUCGCCCGAGGCACAGUUUGCUACGCUGGCGACGCCGGCGGGUUACCCUCGAGGACCUCAGCAUGACCGUUCUGCAUCGCAACCUGUGCAGUCAAUCUAUCCAUACAAGUAUAGUCAUGAGCCUCAGUUCUCAGACAAGCCGCCACCACCGCCCUCGCCUCGAGCAGCUCCCCAGAAACAAUAUAUGGAGAUCACGCCUGGUGGUGGACGGACUCGCCCGCACAGUCUGUCCGUGUCUUCAGCAAAUAAUCUUGCCGUAGCUGGGACCGCUAUGGUUGGAAGCCAUCCACCCGCGAGUCCUCUACUCGAGCCAUAUCAUGGAACCUACCAGUCGAUGUCACCCAUGCCCUCUCCAAUCGUCAUUCCCUCCGUGCGUGACGACGACAUCUCCGACCUCGAACCACUGGACGGCGAAACCUCCAGCUCAGAAACACGCCGACGAAGAAAACACACCCGCACAAAAUCAUCAACAAAUGACAAAGAUCUCGACCGUGAACGCGAAGGCCGUCAUAGAACCAGCAGCAGCAAAGAAACGAUCCGGAUCGAGCGCUCUUCCGACCGCAGAGAUGAAAAGCGUCGAAGCCGCCCGACUAUCAGCCACUCCCCCCACGACUCCAUCUCCUCCCUAAAUGCAGGCGGCGACUCACUCGUUGUAAUCUCACCCACGACCGGACGAAAGCGUGUCUCCUUCUAUGAUGCCGGCGCAGAUGCAGACGCAAUGCAAUCAGCCCUAAACCAUACUCGCAGCAUCGACAACAAAACCAUCAUCCAAACACUCCCCCGGUUGACAAGCGACGAGAUCCUGCUCCUUCGCCAGGAAUACAAAGCCCGUGUCAAGACCCACGGCAAAGGUAUUAACCUCGCUAAACACCUCCGCCUCAAACUCGGCAACUCCUCCUUCGGCAAGGUAGCCUACGCGACCGCACUGGGCCGCUGGGAAUCAGAAGCUUUCUGGGCAAACUGCUACUACCAAGCCGGGACUUCACGGCGUGAGCUUCUCAUCGAGUCCCUGAUCGGUCGCUCGAACGCUGCCAUCCGCGAGAUCAAAAAUUGUUUCAAGGAUUCGCGGUACGAUAAUAGUUUGGAACGGUGUAUGCGCUCCGAGCUAAAGGCAGAUAAAUUCCGUGUCGCGGUUCUCCUCGCACUGGAAGAGAAGCGACAGGAUGAUCGGGAACCACUGGAUUCGCGACUCGUUCGGCAAGAUGUCUCAGACUUGCAUCGUGCGCUCGUCUCCCGUGAUGGAGGCGAGACAGCCAUGAUCCACAUCAUCGUUCUACGAAGCGACUCACAUCUACGAGAGGUUCUGCGCGCCUACGAAGCUAUCUAUGGACAAAACUUUGCACGAGCGAUGAUCGCCAAGUCUCAGAACCUGGUCGGCGAAACACUAGCCCACAUCCUAAACGGAGCCAUAAACCGUCCCAUGCGUGACGCCCUCCUCCUCCACCAAGCACUCCGCGAAUCGAAACCCGGCCGCGAGCGCUCCGAACUCCUGAUCUCGCGUCUUGUCCGACUACACUGGGAGCCGAGACACUUUGAGCAGGUUAAGAUCGAUUAUCGGAGACGGUAUGGCGAGCGCAUCGAGGAGGCGAUUGCGGAGGAGAUUUUGACGUCGAGCAAUGGGGGUGAAUGGGGAGAGUUCUGUAUUGAGCUUGUGCAUAGUUCAUCUGCUUGA